UCAAAGUUGCGUUCGGAAACACCACACUGAGGAAGAAACAGCAUAUAAUUGGCUAAUCAAGACAAAAAGAGCUCAGGAAGAAAAAAUUUCUUUAUCAUGAUUAGUCAAUUAAAUGCAUUCCCGAAUGAAAGAUUCUUCUAAGACUGUGGCUCUGACAAUGACUCCGACGUUAGUUGAAACUUGGUGAUUGUGGCGAAAGUAUCAGAAGAAUUUGUAUAAAGUGAUUUUAUUUGAACCCCGGCAAAAAUGGAUUUCAUAAGUGAAAUCAGCUCUAGUGAAGACGAAUUUUGUUUUGAUACGGUCCGAGACGAAAUCGAUUGUAUUCAUAAAGAAAUUAGUGGGAUAGAAAGUGAAAGAAGCGAUGAAGAUGAUGACAUAGCAGUGGGUGUAAGAAGUCGAAAAAUCAGAGUAAUAGAUAGCGAAUCCGAAAGUGACAGUGGUGCCCCACAAACCUCUGAUAAAUCAGAAUGGACAGCUUGUGAUGAGUCCAGGGAAAUACCACCCAGAAUAAAAUUAAAAAAGCGAAAGACCUGCAGAGCCACAGGUAUCCUUCAAUGUGAAGGAACCUUUGCAUUUUUUUCAAGAUGUUCUUUACCGACGAGCUAGUCGAUCAAAUAAUAGCAGAUACAAACAACUAUGCUGCGAAAAAAUUAGAGGGAAGGACGCUAUUAUCACGGUCGCUUUGGCAAACAUGGUACAAUGUCACGAAGGAAGAAUUUUGGGCAUUUAUCGCAGUGAUUGUAAAUAUGAGGACAAUGCCAUUGGUCAAUAUGAAAGAAUACUGAUCAACAGACUCAAUAAGCCACAUUCCAUUUUAUGCGAACACCUUUACAAGAGAUCGAUUUACCCAAAUUUGUUCGAUGUUACAUGUACAAAUAGUAUCGGCACAAGGUAGCAACAUUACAACACGUUACAGCUCAUAACUGGCUACCUUGAUUAUAUAAACUCAAGACUUUUGAAUCAUUUUACCCAGCGAAGAAAUUUGUGUCGACGAAUCUGUCGUAAAGUUCAAAUUUCAUUUAUUACAUAUAACCCACAGAAACCGACUAAAUGGGGCAUUCGAAUUUAUACACUGGCAGAUUCCAAUACGGGUUAUAUUUGUGGAAUUUUACUUUACUAUGGCAGCCUUACAAGAGAAACAUUGAUAAGACCGGACCUUCCAGUAUCGACAAGAAUCCCCUUACACUUAUAUACAAUGUUAUUGAAUAAAUUUUCAGGUGCGCAGGGACAUCACAUGUUUACAGAUCGAUAUUACACUAGUUACAUUUUAGCUAAUGAAUUAUAUAAACUAAAGUGUCAUUUGACUGGGACAAUAUUAACUAAUGGAAAAGAGUUGCCAGAUGCAAUAAAAAAACCGACAACUUCCAAAAGGAAAGUCAAUGGUAGCCUAUCGUAAGAAAUAAUAAUGUGAUUCUGGCGUGGAAAGAUAAGAGGAUCGUCACGCUAUUGACAAAUUAUCAUAAUGCAGAAAUGAGUACCGUUGAACGAAUAUUCCGGCAUAGUGUUCAAAUUGUGAUUAGAAAACCUAAUGCUAUCAUAAAUUAUACCAAAUUCAUGGACGGCGUUGAUCUGGCAGAUCAGUAUAGCUCGACAUACUGCUUUAUGAGGAAUUUCCUGAAGUGGUGGCGCAAACUAUUUUUUUGGGGAUUGGAAAUUUGUUUAAUUAAUUCGUAUAUUCUCUACAAACAAGUAAAAAGGCAGAGAAACGAACAGCCACUUAUACAUUUGCACUUUCGAGAAAUUUUGGUAAACCAAUUGAGAGGAGAUUUUCGACAACCGCGAGGUCGAGCUUCAAGAUCGACCUCCAAUUCUGACGAAAUUCGGCUAAACGGAAAACUCCGUGUAAUUCUUACUGGUACAAAGAAGGAUUGCAAAGUUUGUUCUAGUCGAAACAAACCAGGUGGGAGACAUGAGACGACCUAUUACUGCGAUGCAUGUCUAGAUAAGCCAAGAAUGCAUCUUGGGUCAAUGUUUUAUAAAUUAUCAUACGAAGCUAAAAUACAGAUCGUAAUUUUUGCAAAAUUAUAUUCUUAAAGGUGUAAAUAUAGAUAAACUAUCAAAAUAUAACGUUUUUGUAAGAUAAUUUGUAUAUAAGAUCAUUUUAUUGUACCCUGUAAGACACUCGACACAUCUGCGAAAAUCGCCUCGUCCUGCUACCUCACCCGGCCGAAAAAGUCGUCGUCAAAAGGUUAAGUAUAUCUUAACAUUAUAGAAGUCGUAAUGAGUUGACAAUUAAAAGAUCUUGCAAUAACUUCGCGUUCUUCAUAAAGAUACACUAUAUUCAGGAUUGACAGAAAUUAUAAACUUGACAGUUUUACAAGCCCGAUAAAUCACACGUUUCUCGUUGUUGCGACGUACAAUCGUCUUCUGUAAAUUUAGACGUUUCGAACGAUUUGUCUGUAAAACUCGCCAGUAUGCGUGCCGAAGAAAAGGAAGCCGUCAAAGUCACGUCUACUUCUUUCGAAACGGACGAUACUAAUAACCGUACUUUUAAGUAUCACGAGCAAUUUCAACAAGUGGAGAAUUUUCGCAUAUUUAGCAAAAUUUUGGAUAAGUCGGAAUGUACGAACGGAGAGGACAAAUAUCUCAUAAAAUUGACGAGUUCAUCCAAAUCAAUCGGUACAAUUGGCACAGAAAAAAUCUCGACCGCGUCAAUCGAGGCUCGAAAGAAAUCGGAUGUUUGGGAACAUAAAACAAUAUCAGAUACACGAAAUACAAUUCGACGAGUCGAACGUAUCUCGUGGAAGUACAAAAAUCCACACAGCCUCUCCAUUUGUGAUCGUACGCGUUAUGAAAAAUCCGAAUCGGAUGACAUUCUGAAAAAGGACGAACCUCAGGAAGGAAAAAUGGGACGAAGCAUUCUCUCUGAUUAUCGAGAAUACUUGGCAAACCAUCAGGAAUCCUAUCGCAUACCAGAAACUAAAUAUUCAUUUGCUGCCUUGAUCACAAUGAUGGCUCAGGUCACAGUACAAUCUUUGUGGGCUUUAUUAUACAUGUUCAUUAACAUCAUCCCUGUUAUUCAGAUGUUUUCCUUCAUACUGAGGUUUGUAUUGGACCAAAUACUCAACAUACGGAAGACGAAGGAUCUGCGCCAAAUGACGGUGAAAUUCGCGGUACUCGCCGUGCAGUUGCUCAGCAUACACGUUUGUCUGAUAUUCAUACUUGGCUUCAUCGUCUUCCCAAUUGUGCAAAUGGCAGUCAGCAUCGCGGUGAAACUCGUGACGAGCAAUUAAGACAAGCCAAGGACGG